AGCAGCGAAGGGCUCUCCCCGCAGCGCCGGCAGGGAUGGGGGAGGAGCUGCGGCCACACUAGCCCCCGUCUGGCCUCCCACCCCAGGCUGAAGAAUAAUGGCUACCUUCAACAAACUGAUUAUUGGCACUGCUGUUACCAGUUUUACCAUAUUUCAGCUUCUGUUCCAUGUUCUAAGUUCUUGGGCAUCAACAAGAAUAACUCCUGCUUUUAAUAAUCUCAACCAAAAAAGGAAGAUUGAAUGGAAUUCAAGGACAGUAUCCACCUUCCAUGCCUUGGUGGUUGGUGCUUUUUGUGUAUAUAUCUUGUUGUAUGAUGAAGCUGUUAAUGCUGACCAUGUCUGGGGUGACCCUUCAAUUGUGAAACUGAAUAUUGCUAUUACCACAGGCUACCUCAUUUCUGAUUUGUUUCUUAUUACUUACUACUGGAAGGCAAUUGGUGAUAAAUUUUUUGUAAUUCAUCACUUGGCAGCUCUGUAUGCCUACUACUUUGUACUGGGUGAAGGAAUGUUGGCAUAUUUUGGUAACUUUCGUCUGCUUGCAGAGUUCUCUACUCCUUUUGUGAAUCAGCGGUGGUUCUUUGAAGUGCUGGGGUACCCCAAAUCUUCAAAAGCCAACAUCAUCAAUGGGGUGCUGAUGACGAUUGUGUUCUUCAUGGUGAGGAUUGUAGUCAUGCCUGUUUAUUAUGCCGACGUCAUUUCUGUGUUUGGAACAGAGGCUUUCCACAGAGUAGGAGUUGCAGCCCAAAGCGCCUGGAUUAUCUCAAGUGUUGUCUUGGAUGUGAUGAACUUGAUGUGGAUGGUCAAAAUUACAAAGGGAUGCUACAAAGUUAUUUGUCUCAUUGGACAAAAGGAAGUCAAAAUACGUAAGAAUGGAAAAUCUGACUAGAAAUCAUAUAUGUAAAACUGAACUUCUCUAUAAAGAUCAUUUGGGUUCAUUGAAACAAUGCACACUUUUGCCACAAAAUGCUCCUCUAAGGAAACAAGGUAUUGCCUCUUUAUUGAUCUUAACCUUUCUCUUGCCACACUGCCUGCAUGCCCAGGGUCACUUCAUUUAAAGACAAUCCCACUCUAUGGAAUGGGAAACAAUGGCAUAUGACAUACCGUAUGUAUAGGUUCAUACAAAUGAGUCUAGCUGUGUGUUCUAAGCACUUAACUGACAAAUGAACUUAAAAAGGAACAGACUGAUUAGUUGGUGGUCUUCUAUCAAUAUGUUCCUAAAAUAUUUUCACUCAGGUUUCUCAAUGUGUUUUUUAAAGCCUGUGAAUGUUAGGAUCUUUUGUUGUAAGUUAUGCAGAUAUGGCAAAUUUCCUGCCAUGUUUCUGUGCUUUCUCUUAUUAGUAUUUGGUGUUAACAAUCAAGAUUUCAUCCUUGACAACUUAUUUUUUUGCAACAAAGGCUAAGAAUUUAGCUUUGAUGCUAUGAAAUAUUUGACUGACUUUCUGCUGCCUUAUAUGCAUGGACACAAUCUUUUGGGGGAUUUAUGAAACAGUUUUACAGAUACUGGUAUAAUGUAUUGUUUUAUCUUUUAAAAAAUCUUUUAUGUGGAGGGAUGACUGUGCUGCUGUGCUAAUGUACUUCUAGUAGUAUUACUGUUAAAUCUGAUCAGAAUUCUGUCACAAGUUAACAUGGUAAACAGUGUGUGGAAACAAACUCAUUCUUAUUAUAGUGCUCUCUCCCUGUGAAGGCUGCUGCUGCUACUACUUUUGAAAAGUAUUGCAACUCUGCUUCUAAAUGUAUUAUUAUUAUUUAACCAAGAGACUUCUAGGGUGUAAACAACUUAAGUAUAGGAGACUAAAUACUUUUGUAUAUGUGGCUAUGUCACAGUAACCCUCUCCCCUCC